AUGGCCUCUCUAUCACUUUAUCACAGUCUUCCUAUCUUCCUCGAGUUCGAAAAUAUCUCUGUAUACUUUAUUCGGUAUUGGCUACCCCCAUGGAGUCGCUGCCAGAAUGAAGUCAACCAUAGCAAUGCACAUUGGCAUGGAGCCGAACUGAUCCUGCGUAAAAUAAAUGAUGGCGCUCCGCUCCCGAAUGCAGAUCUUAUACUUCGACUUCGACAAGCUGCUCUCGUGGGGUUAUGCGGUAUUCACCUGAAUUCGAGAAAUUUGAGAGAGGUUGCAGCACAAUGGAAACAGAAGAUUCAAAGAGACGUGUCAGAAAUAAUUGCGGAAAAUGCGGGAUCGUCAGGGAACACCCGGACAACGAGGUGUGAUGGAGUGACUGGGGAUGGAGUGGUUGAUCAAAGUCAACAUGGUGAUAACUACUCGCCAACACAACCUACCCAUACAACCUCGACCACCUCGUCUCGACCCUCUAGCUCAUAUCAAUCUUCAAUCGCCGGAAGUCCUAGCUUUUCAAAUCAACCGCAACCAGAUAAUCACCCUGCCGCGACCUCGCCCAGCAGCUCUGAGCAAAUAUUCGCCAGAAGUCUACCAUCUACACCACCGAGCACCAAUCUGGAGAGAACAAUACGGUAA